AUGGCUUCUGGGGUGGUCCUUAAGCAGUCGGGCGUACGGACGCUUCCCAGGAGCACAAAUCAGGCUUUCGGCAUUGCGGAAUACACCAUACACUUCAUCGGAACGGAGUCAGCGCACACCUACCCAGCCAGCAGAACCGUUAAUCGCGAAGUUGAAGUCUGCGCGACUCGGGUCUUUGGUGUCUCAAAUGGAUGCCCCGUCAGCAUGCAGUUUUGCACACAUAUUUAUAAAUGCAUAUAUGGAUAUAUCAGUGUCAUUCUUUUCUCUCCGCGAAACCAACAUCCCCCUGUAUCUGCACUUUGGAUAGGUUCAGAGGAUUUCGUGUUUAUGCACUCGUGGGCAGCGAUCGCCCUCAUAAAUACGUGUGUUGCCGUGUUUGCUGUGCGGAGGCCUGAUUGCAACAGAGUUCGUGGCUUUCUGUUAAUGUUGGAAUCAAUGCCUGAUGCUUUUUUUCCAACCUUCAGCAACCCAAAAAUAAGUCCCUCGGUUUACAAACGCGUGGCUCUCUUCCACUUGGACUCCGUCUUUUGCGGAUUCUCCGCCUUGGCUCUUCGCACCAACGCCCCCACCAUCCUCAGGAAUGAAGCUCUCAAAUACCCAGGUUAGCUUGGCGCUUGCGUCUUUGGAAGCCCCCAGCGUUGCGCUCCUGAGAAAGUGGUUGCGGCCAAUUGUGCGGCCGUGAGAGAGUUAGACAGCAAUGGCACCGUCUUUGGGUAUAAUGCCAAAUUAAGGGACCAUCGCAAAGGGGAGUUUGGACAUAACGAUUUUUAUCCGGUUUGCAUCGCAGCAGCGGAGGUCUGCUCACCCCCACCGGACGGCAGGACCCUCCUACGAGCAAUGAUUUGCCUGGAUGAAAUCCGGGGCCGUCUUGCAGAGUCCUUUUCUCUCAAAAAGCUGAAAAUCGACCAUGUGCUUCAUGGCGCCAUUGCAUCUGCUGCGGUUUACGGGGCUCUCUUGGGAGCCUCUCCAGAACAAAUAGAAUCUGCCAUUGGGAUGACUGUGGCGCACUACGUUCCGUACCGGGCCAUCCGCUGCGGCGACCAACUCAGUGAUUCUAAGGGUGCAUCAGCGGCCUUCAGUGCAGAAGCCGCUGUCUUAUGCAUGCGUCGAGCAAUGAACGGCUUUGCUGGUCCAAAAGAUAUUUUUAGAAAUCCAGAAUCGGUUUUUUGUUGGAACAUGCAGUCACCGGAGGGCGAGUCCCCUUUUGACCUUCAUCUCACUAUGGAAGGCAGUGAUUUUGCGGUAAUGAACAUGCAUUUUAAACUUGGGUUGUACGAGCACCAGUCCGCUGGAGCCUUGGAGGGCCUCAUCCAGCUGCUUUCUAGACACCCGGAAAUGUACAAAAGCCCAGAUGCGAUUUCCGCCAUAGAAGUGCUGGCCUAUCAGCCGGCUUUCGGCAUAAUCGGCGAUCGUGCCAAGAGGAACCCCGUCACCAGACAAAGCGCAGACCACUCUAUGGUCUACAUCGUUGCGACGCUUUUACGGAAGGCCAUAGAAAUGAAAAACCUACCGAAGACUUCCGACGGCAUCUGGUGCACCCUAAUGCUUUCUCCCCACGACUACUCUAAGGACGCAAUUCACAAUCCCAAAACAAGGGCGUUGAUGGAGAAGGUGCAGUUUGUCCACGGGGGCCCCGAAUUCGACAGCAAAUAUCCAGAAGGAAUCCCAACACAGGUUAAAGUGACCUUGAAGGAUGGCAGCAAGCUGGAUAGCGGGAUGGUGCUGUUCCCUGCGGGUCACAGCAGCAACAGUAGUGCCAACCUGCAGCAGCUGCUAAACCACAAGUUUCGACUGCUGGGGAGUCUCGCCCUGCCUGAAAAAACAGUGGACAGCAUGAUUCAAAAGAUGCUGCACUUGGAAAGUGCCUCUGCCUCUGAGGUACAGCAGUUGUACGCAAUCGAGGAAUUGUCGUUAAGGGCACCCAUCGACUAA